AUGAUUGAGCUCGGUCUUAGUCGCAUUGUCCGCCUUCUCCAGCAGACUCCGCUGACUUGGAAGGCAAUCCAUAUCGCUGGCACCAAUGGCAAAGGGUCCAUCAGCGCUUAUCUGUCCCACCUGUUGUCGACAGGUGGUGUUCGCUGUGGCCGUUUCACCUCCCCGCAUCUGAUUGAUCGUUGGGACUGCAUCACCAUCGGCGAGAAAGUCGUCCAAGAGUCGCUCUUCCGGCAGAUCGAAGCUAGAGUAAAGCUUCGAGAUCAAACGCUGGGAAUCGGUGCGAGCGAGUUUGAGCUACUGACCGCAACUGCAUUCGAAAUAUUCAAUCAUGAGCGCGUUGAUAUCGGGGUGGUUGAGGUUGGCAUGGGCGGUCGGCUGGACGCAACGAACAUCUUGACCGACGUCCUGGUCUCGGUCAUCGCGAAGAUAGGCCUGGACCAUCAGUUCCUCCUCGGCGAUACCAUUGAAGAAAUUGCAAGGGAAAAGGCUGGGAUUAUGAAGUCAGGUGUUCCAUGUGUUGUCAAUGGCACCAAUUCGGUUGAAGUGCUCCGAACCCUCGAAGGUCACAUCAAGGAACUCGGCAUCGACGCGAUCUUCACACGCCCUGAUACACCUGAAUACCACUCCCCAUCGCUUGGUCAGCUUUUUGCUACACUGGAUCUCCUACCUCACCAGCGAGCGAACAUGUCCUGUGCAGUCUCGGCUCUGAAACUUGCUUUACCCCGAUUCCGUCCCGACAUCGACGUCGAUGCGCUGGUUCCACAACUGUCGAAAGUCGAGUGGCCGGCACGCCUACAGAAGAUUCUUUUGAAACCCUUGGUAGAUCGCGAGGAGCCUGUUCUGCUGGAUGGUGCACACAAUACUCAGUCGGCGGAGGUUCUCGGAGAGUAUGUGGAUUACAAACUUCGUCCGCAAGGUACGAACGUUACCUGGGUCAUCGCGGCAUCGCGCGGUAAGGAUAUAGAAUCCUUGUUUCAUUCUAUCAUCAAGGCGGGCGACCGAGUUGCCAUCACCGCGUUCGGUCCCGUUGAUGGCAUGCCCUGGGUCAAGGCCAAUGAUCCAGAAGAGGUGGCUUCAUGUGUCCGAUCAAUCGCGGGUAUUGGACAAGUGCAAACCUUUGGGGAAGACAUUUCCGGCGCUAUCCAUUGGGCUUGUGAACAAGCUAGCGGCGCGCCAUUGGUCAUCGCUGGCAGCCUCUACCUGGCGUCGGAUGUUCUACGUCUUCUCCGGGAAGCACAAAAGCAAUUAUAA